UCACAGUCCUCUCCUCCUCUCUGUCGUCAUGCUGAAUCUCAGAGGGGAGCAGGAGAGCUGAAGGAACUGACUCCUGCGCUGAAGACCUCUCCUCUGGCUGCUCCAAUGUCUUCUGCCCUUAGAGAGGCAGUUGUCAAGGGAGAUGCAAAGUGACCCACACCAACUUUCAAAACAAGUACAAUGCAAAAGAUCAGGUGAGGGUGUCUUGGGAUUCGUCUCCCUGCUGCAGAACGAGUCAGGACCAUCCUGGAUCCUCUCUGAGCCUGCUGUGCUCCUUAUUGUUCAGGGAACAAACUGUCCUGGGCUUGUGGCUACUGCUUAUCAUUCAUUCUGUGUUAGGCAGUCCACCUGUGACUGAGGGAGCAGAAAGAGGCCAUGGAGGUUCCUCUGGUCAACUUUGAGAACCUGGACGAAAUUGGAAUCAACCUGGCAGACCCAAGUGAUUCAGGAUAUCCGGCCUCACCCACUUCUGAGACACCAGAACAAAAUCACAUGACUCGCAGAACGAAUUCACUGGGACAUUCACAACAGGCACAGAGUCAUCCUGGAAACACACCUGUCUCGCCCACAACACCCCCAAAGAAAGGUACAUCAAGCUGCAAUAGUCUCAUCUCUAAUUGGAAGGUACAUAUGAGCAGUGAAGGCAGUCCCAAUGAGGGUCUCUUAGGCAAAGUGGCUAAAGACUGUUGUGAGGACAUGUUUUGGGAAAAGCAGAAGCUUGAGGAGGGAGACCAGAGAGUAGUCAUCAAUGUCUCAGGGAUGAUGUAUGAGACGACACUCAAAACCCUGAACCAGUUCCCUGACUCAUUGCUUGGAGACCCUAAGAGACGGAUCGACUAUUUCGACCCAAUGAAGAAUGAGUAUUUCUUUGACCGCAACCGUCCCAGUUUUGAUGGAAUCCUAUACUUCUAUCAGUCUGGGGGUAAGAUCCGCAGACCAGCAAAUGUGCCACUGGAUGUUUUUGCGGAUGAUAUUGUGUUCUACAGGCUGGGUCAUGAGGUGAUGGAACAAUUCAGAGAGGAUGAAGGUUUCAUCAAAGAGCCUGAGCCUCAGCUGCCAGAAAGUGAGAUUUGCCGUCAGUUCUGGCUCCUGUUUGAGUACCCAGAGAGUUCUAGCGCUGCCAGAUCUGUGGCCUUAGUGUCUGUUCUCGUCAUCACCAUUUCCAUCUGCAUCUUCUGCCUAGAGACUCUGCCAGAGUUUCGUGAUGAUCAUACUUUCACCCGUGAAGUUUUUAAUUUAACCCGUGAUGCUAACAGCACUCUCCUGUCCGCAGGAAUUUCUCCCAAAGGAAUGGAAAGUGUGUUCACAGACCCCUUCUUUAUAAUAGAAACAAUCUGCAUCAUCUGGUUCUGCUUCGAGUUAGGAGUGCGCUUCAUUGUGUGCCCCAGCAAGUGUGAGUUUUUCACCAACAUCAUGAACAUGAUUGAUUUCAUCUCCAUCAUGCCCUACUUCAUUACUGUUAUCACAGACCUGACGGUAUCUCAAGAAGAAGAAGAAGAAGAAAUGGCUAACCAGAACUUGUCUUUGGGUACACUGAGAGUUAUUCGACUAGUGAGGGUCUUCAGAAUCUUCAAGCUCUCCCGCCACUCCAAAGGACUCCAGAUUCUGGGGCAGACCCUGAAAGCUAGUAUGAGGGAGCUUGGCAUGCUCAUCUUCUUUCUCUUCAUCGGAGUCAUCCUCUUCUCCAGUGCCAUUUAUUUUGCCGAGGUUGAUGAACCCGAAACACAAUUUGUGAGCAUCCCAGAGGGGUUCUGGUGGGCUGUGGUCACCAUGACUACAGUCGGCUAUGGUGAUAUGUGCCCAGUCACCGUGGGGGGUAAGAUGGUGGGCAUCCUCUGUGCCAUCGCAGGUGUGUUGACCAUUGCUCUUCCUGUUCCUGUUAUUGUUUCCAACUUCAACUAUUUCUACCAUCGUGAAACGGAGCAGGGAGAGAAGCAUGUGAUGGAUGCAGCUGAAGAAGCAGCUGCAAACCAAAAAAAUUCUGAUGAGAAAUAUGAUAGCAUCUAUUCUCUGGACAAGAGCAACAGGGAUUGGCAGACUGAAAAAAAUGGCAUUCCUUGAAAAAAUAUAUAUAGUGCUGCUAAAUCUUGUAUGACUAGCAAUAAUAAGACAAUGCAACAAUGCACUUAGAAAAUUUUGGAUUGACAAAUGCAUAAUAUAGAUUUCCAUUUAUAUAUUUAAUGCUAUGCAUACACCGACAGUACUUAUAUCAAGACACCUCAAAAAUGAUGUAGACCUAGCCAAAGGCUGCUGGAAACAUCUCAGCUAUAUAACUGUGCUGCACUUCUAAACCUCUUUGUUCAGUCUGCUAUGUAAUGGGUUUGUUGAACACUGACAAAGGCUAUUUAAGUAAAGUUUCCCUUUAAUGCAUCCUAUCCAUCUUAACAGUGUCAGAAAGUAAUCACUAUGGAACCAAAAAAUCCUUGUUAGAAACGCAGUUGCCUAUGACGGCUUUUUGGUGCAAUCUAACUGCAUUUGACUAAGGUCACAAGAAGCAUUUAAUUUAGCAGAAAUUAGGUGCCUGUUUUGUGAAGCAUCUCAAAUGAUCAUUAAGGAAUCAUGAUUCUGCACUCUGAGCCUCCUUGCCACUACUGCACUUGGCUGAACAGGUCAUUCCUGUAGAGAUUAAUGCUGACAUCCCCUUUGACAUUGCUGCUACUCAAAGAGGAAAAAAACAAAAAAACAAACUUACACCAAACUGUGAUUCAUCUGUCAUAUCACUAAAUGUUUCCUUUUAAGUAUCUCACAUAUUUGUCAUAGGUAUUCAGACCUGCUUGUUUUAAUAUAUUCAAAGCAUGCUACGGUGGUAUAUUUAGAUGACCUACAGUGUCGUGGCAACUUUCUGCUGGUCAUCCCACAUUUAUGCAGGUAUUGCUAUUUAUAUCAACAUUCACUUCAAAUAUGAAGAGUGGCCUGUAGCCUUGUUAGCUCCAAAAAUUAUAGUUUCAAAUGAUUUCAUGUGCAUGACAACCAUUUUUUAAUGCAUCUGUCCCCUUCAUGACUAUUUCCUGACUUGGACCAUGUAGCACAGUCUCUACUCUUAUUGUUGGUUCCCCUAAUAACAAUGCAGUAUAUACAAUGAUGUAUACACACUUAAUAUAGCAAAUGUAAGGUUUUAUAUUUAUGGCAGCAGUUAGCUGCAAAUAGGUUAGUUGGUGGCUUCACAGGUCUUCCAAAAUUCACAAAUGGAGACAGUUAUGGCUGAAUAUUGCACAGCUUGCAUGAUGUGAUCUCCAUUAGUGAUAAGCUUACUAAGUUACCUCUCAAUUACAUUACACACACAUACAUAUAUAUUAUAUAUAAUUUCUUCAGGAGGCUUUUAGGUGGAAAAAAGAAGUAUCCAUUACAUGCAACAUUACUUCUAAUGCAUCAUAGCAGUUUGCACUUAUUUCUGGUCAAUUUCUUAAAAAUGAACAAGAAAUAUAACAAAAAUGUUGACAUUUAACUAUGCAUCUACCUAUAACUGGGAUUGCUUUUUGUAACAGUUUCUUUUUGCAGAAUCGAAUAGACUUGCACUUUUUGUAAAUAGCAUAUUUGAAAUUACAUUAAAACAUUUAUAUGCAUUCAUGUUAAUUAUAGCAAUAUAUUGCAGCACUUUCAAUGAAAGCUAGAAUUAGGUUUCCACUAAUAAUUGAAUAACUUCAACUAUACCAGCACAUAACUGUCAGGGGCGUAAAAUGUGCAGAAAACGAAGGACGCUAUUGCAAGUCUCCAGCUGAAGGGUUUAAUAAAAAUAAAAGGGAACAUAAAUGUGCACAAACAGGAACUAAAUAAAGCCACUGUAACUUUAAUGACCAACAAACAGUCAAGCAAACACAAUGACCAUAACACAUAGGUGAAACAGCAAGUGGGACUCAAAAUGCACCACUUGUGUGGGUUUUGGCACACAACCAAAACAUGCAACACAACAGAAACAAACAUAACAUAACAAAGAUAAACCAAAGGCAGCAUGACCAUCACCACUGCCAGAGGCUGCUGGCACCGUCACAAUACAUUCAACAAAACCAUCACAUAAAAUAAAAAUUAUAUGAAUGAAGCUAUGCUUUUGAUCUUGAUGAUACAAAAAUUAAUAAAUAAAAUAAUCUCUUCAGAUUAUCUCAGCAAAAUGUGACAAUGUUUUCGUUCUAACUAGUAUGGACUGCUUCAGUUAAGAAAAUACUCCAUAUGGUCAAGGGACAAAGCAUUCAUGCAUGCAUAUGUCAGAGUGUAGCAAUUAGUACAUUCAUUAAUGAGCAUUUCAGAAUUUGCAAAUCCAAGAACACUUCUUUGAAUUCCUAAAGAGAAUCCAAUAACAGACGUGAUACUAAUAAUCUUCUAAUAAUUUAGGGCCUUGAAAUAAUAGUGGCUUUUAGCAUCUCAUGAAUGUAUGAAAUAGGUGUUGACCCUAUGAGCACUAUGUUUUAUGCUUGAUCUUCUGAGUGCCUUUUAUUAAACAUUUAUCAUAAUUAGAAUGUUUAGUCUGUUUGGUACAGACAGAAGUGAGUAGACUAGCCAAAAACUGUACUCAAUAAAUGUAUUGUCACUUUUAAAUAAUAAUUACUCAAGUAGAUGUAAAAGUAGUCAAAUUAUUACUUAACUAAACAUAAAAAAGUAUCUAGUAAAAAGACUAAGCCUACUCAAGUAGUGAGUAACUUAAUCUAAUAUAAUUUAACACUGGGCAACAAUUUUUUUUUUUGUCCCACAGAAAUAGUACUUUUAUGCUUAUAAUAGUUUUUAUGCUGGAUUCAAAUCUGUUUUUGGAACUUUUCUACCAGGCAUAGUUUUUAAGUGAUGGGAAAAUAAAUUUUACUAAUUCUAUAUAUUAUUCAUAUUAGAGGGGCCAAGAGGGGCUCCGCUUUCUUUGACACCACAUAGUAAUAUGUCAAUAUAGUGGAACAAAAAAAAUAUGAAUAAUAAAUAUAUCCUGAAAACACAUUUGGAUUCAGUAUGCAAAAAUACAGUUUUGGGUUUUUUUGCAUGGGGCAAAAUCUAUGUUAACCAGUGUAAUCAAUAUAGAACUGCAAAACCACAGCCUGAUUUAGGCAGCACAAAGACACACCAAGUCAAUAUGUCCAAAACAACAUUUCUCAACUUAAUUGUAAUAAAACAUGUUGCCAAUUUCAAAUAAUGCACCAUCUUCUCGUUUAAAGUAGGCUUAUUUUGAAUUCAUUUAACACCACAUAAAUAAUGUUUGUACUGGACAGGAUUGUCACUACUGUUGCUCAUUGCUCUGGAUUUUUGUCCAACUCUUGGUGGCAAGGGGAAGUAAUGUCCUAAUUUUCUGAAUUAGAGAGGGUCUGUGUUGCGCCAAUAACAAGACGUGGGGCUAGUUAACUAGCUAGCCACGUGUCAUGUGUUAGCUAGGUAUGUAGCAAGUUACAUGAGGUUUUUGACAUUGGCUAGAUAUUGUGCAUAUAAGUAAAACAAGCAUUAAAGUGGAUUUAGUUAUCAAUUUGUGAUUUUUAGCAAAAUUUGUGAGAAUAUUCUAUAUGCCUUGCCAAAGGUAGCAUUUUGCUUCUCGUGAUAUUUAGGCCUACAAUGCAAGUGGGUGACUGAUUAACGAGGCCGGCUUGCUAGCUUGCUAUGUAAACUGCUAAACAACUGUGUCUAGGUGGUCGACAGAAAUGUCAAUAUGUAAAACCAGUAAGAAACCUUAACAUUUAUAAAGAGUGCUUCAGCAUGGAACAUGCAUAGGACACGAUGACAGUUCAGCUGCUGCAUUUAUUACUUUUGUCUGUUGCUAGCUAGCCAUUGUUUUCUCAGAAUAUCACUGAUGUCAUAUUACAACACUUUACUUGCAUAUUAAUAAUGCACAUUAGGCGACAGCACCAAUUUCACACACAGAUAUAUGAGCCUCAAAAAAAAGAAAGCACUUUUCCUAAAUUGUAUCAUGUACCAUAGCAGAGGACUUCAGAGGACUAACUAGGCAAAGUGGUGUGACUCAGUGGCCAUCCAUAAAAUUCUCAUUAACCUACCACACUUGACAGUCCAGGUCAUGGGGACAACCAGAGUUGAAGAAUGCGCACAAAAUGUGCAUUGAACUUAAAUUAUUUUUUAAAAAUAAUAUGAGGAAUGUAGAUAAAUAUGGAGGAACAGAAUAAAUGUGUUUCACCUGGUAAAAGCACUUAAGAGUAUAAAGUAGCCUCUUUUAAAACAACUCCUAAAAGUAUGAUUUGUUCAAAAAGUUACUUAAGUAAAUGUAACUGAUUAAAUAUAGCACGUUACUGCCCACUUCUGUGUACAGGUUAGCCUAUAUGCAGAGCAGGGCUUCACUUCAUUCCAGAACUAAUGUAUUUAAUGUACAGCUAUUGUAUCAUUAUCACUAUUUUAUCACUUCAUCAUUUAUUUUUCUAGACAAACAACCAUUUGCUGGGAUGUCUGUAAACUUUGACAAACCCUGGUCGUUUUAUAUUAUUUUUAGUUAGGAAUUCGAUUCUAAAAGCAAUUGAAAUAGGACUGCUUGUUAUGAGAGAUAUUGGCGAGAGAGUCCCUAAGAUAUUGUCACGCUAGUGUACCUUAUCAUUGACGGAGACUAAACAGCUUUAUUGCACAAUGAGCUUCUCUGUGCGCCUGCAUGUACAAGAAUUAAUCCCAAAGUGCUCAGUCAGAGACCGUUAUAGCUGCUCCAAACUAAAGGUGAGAUCAGCACGUGAAUAAAAUCACGCGGAAAAAUCCGCUGUGGGACUGGGCGACUCUGCUGAGGUGGAACAUUUUGAACUAGGUUUUGCCCAAUAUUUAUGACAGUCCAGUUGAUCGCCCGCUUAACGAAAGUAAAACAUCCGCACCUCUUACAGCAAGUACUGGGUAGUUCAGAAGCACAGAACAAGGAACACAUACCAUGUCUUUCAGUAAAUUGUAAAAGUUGUUUUCAGAGGCGAUGAUUAACAUAUGCCAUGCGUCAGUUUGACAUAAACUCACGAGGAACGCCUCUGUUUGAAGGUGAAAGUGCAGCACAGGUAAUAAAAUACAACUCUGAGGAAGCAUUGCAGUCAUGUAUUAUGGAAAAUAGCUGAUAUGUAACAGAACGCUGUCGCAGUUUUUAAAGAUAAACGGUUGGAAUUGAGUGAUGGCCAUAUGGCGUCAGUUUCUUGCUGUAGUUUACAACUGUAUUAAUGCCCGUUUCAUAUAUUUGCUGCUUGUAUGAAUGUCAUUUUCAUCCCACAAGAAAAACUGUCCACUAAUAACGUUUUUGCAAUGUGCUUCUCUUCGGAAAUGAAAUGAAUCAAGUAUGUAACUGGUCAUUAUUUCGAUGUAACAAAUAAAUGGCUCGAAAAGGAAUGUAUGUGACUAUGCAAGCUUAAGUGACCAUGUGGUUAAUUCCUUGGGUAGCUGCCCGCUGAAAGCAGCGUUGGGUUUUAUCUCUAGAACCCGACACUCAACUGAUAGCCCCUGUUAGGACCAAUUAGGAAAGUGGAGAAACGAAAAAAACAAGCGUCCGUAAUUACUUUAAUACGCCACAGCUUGUCUCAUCUGCUUAACCGGUCAGGCGCACCGCGGGGUCAGUCGUGAGGCGAAGAGACACGCGGCUAUCAACAAUUCAUGAGCAGCCAUUUUAUGCUAGCCGUGCAGUGUUUACAGUCUAUUUCUGUAACUGCUACGCUUUACUGCUCUGAAAAGACUGAUUAUAUCUACAAACUGCAGAGUGAAUGAUCUAAGAUUACAUAUAAACCCCAAAAUGUGGGAAUUUGAUCAUUCACGCAAUUCUAAUGCAAGUUGAUCACCAAUGUAAGUUGACAGGUGUCGACAUGGCGAUAUUAAAGGUGAUUAGGCCCAACGUGUUUCAUAUCGUGUCUGGAUUUACUUUGGCCGUAUUGUUUACACUUCUUAGUAAAAGGGGGUCCUCCAUUGUGACCAAAUGAGAUGUAGAUCUCCGAUCUAACCUUCCCUCGUAAAAAGCACACCAACCAACACAUCGUUUCCGUUUCACUUACCUAAUGUAAACACGGUUCGCUGGCUAUUACCAAACGAACCAUCCGUCUUCUUCGGAGCUGGAGAAGGCUUUGUUUGGAAGCUGUUAUUGACCCAAUUUCUGCACUCAGCCAGCAGAUGUAUUUACGCUUGCGUAGGCUAAUUGUAUUACAUAAUUCUGUUUACACAUGUAUUAUAUGUGGCCAAGAUCUGUAUCUGACCACCUCCGAAUGUGGUUUGAAUGAUCCGAUGCGUCUUGGGUGUGUUUGCAACGGGCUUUUCACGCGGUCAAGUGAAUUCCACAUGAUCCAAUCAAGAAAAACCCGUUAAUACAAAAAAAGGCCUAAUGGUGAUUAUACGUAUAUUGUACGUUUGACCAGACAGUAGAACAGCUAAAUGGAUUCUGCUUCUUCCUAAUGAAUAAAUGCAGUGAAUGUCAAAUUCAUUAUUCACUGUUUAAGUAACCACAUAUUGCCUACAGUACAACCACAUAGCAUUUAGACUGACAGUAUGAGAUUAACACUAAAUAGGCCUAUGUGAUUAAAGAUUGUCCCAUUGAUGUGUAGAAAUUUACAUUGUCAUCAAUAAAUAUUUUUGUUGUUUUUUU